AUGGAGGAAGAGGCCCUCUCCGCCCUGUGUACCCCUGCUCUGGUGGUGGAUCUGGACAAAGUUAAAAGAAAUGCAGAGAAGAUGAUUGAACGCUGUCAGAAUUUGGGCGUCCAGCUUCGGCCACACAUGAAGACCCACAAAACCCUUGAGUGUGCUGACAUUUUGACGGGUGGAUCACGGAGGUGCAUUGUGGUUUCCACCCUGGCCGAGGCCUGUUUCUAUGCCGACCACGGAUUUGAUGACAUCCUCUACGCAUACUCUCUUCCCUUCGAUAAGGUGGAGCGCUGUGCAGCACUGGCAGAGAGGCUGGAUCUCUUCCAAGUUUUACUGGAUCAUCCUCACGCUCUUGACCAGCUCAUAAAGAGGCCGCUGAAAGACGGGCGACUGUGGCGCGUGUGGCUCAAACUCGACUGUGGCAACGGGAGAGCUGGUGUCCUGCACUCGGAACCGGAGGCGCUCCGGUUGGCUCUGGCCGUCGCCGAGACGGAGGGCGCGGAGCUCACUGGAGUGUACGCGCACUGUGGGAACACCUACAACUGCAGAGGAGUGGAGCAAAUACAGGCUGUCGCACAGGAAACUACCGACUUGACACUGCAGUUCAUGGAAAAACUGAAGGCGGCCGGCGUCACCUGUAAGUCCAGCAUUGGCUCAACCCCUUCCUGUAGCCACCCUGUCAAAGACAUGGCGCAGCUCAGCGAGGUGCAUCCUGGAAACUACGGCUUCUAUGACGUGCAACAGUCUGUGAUUGGCUCGUGCACUCUGAAGGAUGUGGCUGUGAGGGUCUUGACGAGAGUCAUUGGACACUGUCCUCACAGGAACCAGCUCCUGAUUGACUGCGGAUGGAGCGGACUCAGUCUAGACGGAGCCGGAAAACUUCCCACUGGAUAUGCUGUGAUUGAAGGACACCCAAACCUCAAGUUGUUAUCUAUGACCCAGGAGCACGGUAGAGUGGAGCCCAUCUCAGGACUGCUGGACUACGGCAAAUACCCCCUGGGCUCUCUGCUCACACUGAUCCCCUACCAUUCGUGUGCAAGUGUGGCGAUGCACCCCGUGUACUAUGUGCACUCUGAGGGCCGUCUGCUGGGGAAGUGGACGCCAACACGCGGGUGUUGA